AUUCAAGAAUCACCGCUUGAGCAGUCAACAAUAGCCGAUAACCGAUUCGGGACCGCGAAAAUACCACACACACUUAACUUUCAGCUUGUGGAGCGUAACGAGACUACAAAACAGAUUCCAGUUCCUGAUUUUUAAAUUAGUUUGGAAUUUUUGUUUUUGAAAGAAAACCAAACACAGCCGCCGUCCGAUUUGAAAUUAAUUUGCAACGCGAAAUAUUUACAUAACCAGUAGAAGCAGCAACCGGAGCAACAGCAGAUCGGACGGAAGGUCAACAGGCGGGCAGACUUAUAUAAUUGCAGCAGACACAAAAGCCUUCACAUCCACACAAUGACGGGGUACAAUGCCAAAGGCGAUAUGGCCACCAGCAAUGGCAACCAUCGGAACGGCCACUGCAAUGGCAGCAGCAGCAACGGCAACGGCAACGGCGACAGGCAGGCCGACGACUUAGCGCAGGAGAACCAAACCAAUAAUGGAAAAAUCCAAUGUUCUCUUACGCCCGAAGAGCUGAGGGCUUUGCGGGUGCUCAACGAAGACACGUAUCCAUAUGAGGUUAUCCAGGAAAUCGCCGACUUCAUUGUGAAGGGCGCUGGCAUGCGGCCCAAGAUCGGCAUCAUUUGCGGGUCGGGACUCGGCUCGCUAGCCGACAUCAUAACGGAUGCCAAGAUCUUCGAGUACGAGAAGAUCCCCAACUUCCCGGUGUCAACGGUGGAGGGUCAUGCCGGCAAGCUGGUCGUCGGCCAUCUGGAGGGCGCCAUUGUGAUGGCCAUGCAGGGACGGUUCCACUUCUACGAGGGCUAUCCCCUGGCCAAGUGCUCCAUGCCGGUGCGCGUGAUGAAGCUGUGCGGAGUGGAGUACCUGUUCGCCACCAAUGCGGCUGGCGGUAUCAACCCCAAGUAUGCGGUGGGUGACAUCAUGCUUAUGCAUGACCACGUCAACAUGCUGGGCUUUGCCGGUAAUUCUCCGCUGCAGGGACCCAACGAUCCUCGCUUCGGGCCACGCUUUCCAGCCCUUGUCAACUCUUACAACAAGGACCUUAUCAACAAGGCCCUCGAGAUCGGCAAAUCCAUGGGAAUCGAGUCGAACAUGCAUGUGGGCGUGUACUCCUGCCUCGGCGGACCCACCUACGAGACCAUUGCCGAGCUGAAGGCGCUCCGCAUGAUGGGCGUCGACGCUGUGGGUAUGUCCACGGUGCACGAGGUCAUCACUGCCCGGCACUGCGACAUGAAGGUGUUCGCUUUCAGCCUGAUCACUAACAAGUGCUCCACCGAGUACAGCGACAUGAAGGACGAGGAGGCUACCCACGAAGAGGUCAUGUCCGUCGCCAAGAACAGACAAAAGGCGUGCUGUGAACUCGUCGCUCGACUGGUCCGCGAAAUCCAAGCUGAAUCUUAA